AUGGAGCUCGAGAACUUAUUGGCCAACACGAUGCUGCUGAGAGCGCGCCAAGGAGGGAUUAGCAAAAAAAGUGGUCGUAGUAGGAAAUGGAGGGAGAUGCUGAGACUGCCGCCCGUCAGCCAGUGCAGCGAGCUUCGCCAGUCCAUCGAGAAGGAUUACAGCAGCCUCUGUGACAAGCAGCCGAUCGGAAGACUUCUCUUCAGGCAGUUCUGUGACACGAAAGAAGAUCUGAAGAAGCGGAUUGAGUUCCUGGAUGCAGUGGCAGAAUAUGAAGUGGCCGCUGAUGAGGACCGAAGACGCUGUGGGCUCCUGGCCUUGGACACAUUCUUCAGGGGAAAGGGUUCACCAGCCCCUCUACCAGAAAUACCCGAAGACGUGGUAUUCAGGUGCAGGCAGAGGCUGUGGGAGGACCCAUCCAAAGACGUCUUCGAGGAGUGUGCCAGAAUUGUCCAUGACCAUUUAAGUGAAGAAGCAUUUGAAGAAUACCAAGAAAGUGCAUAUUUUUCUCGAUUUUUACAGUGGAAAUGGCUGGAAAGGCAACCAGUGACAAAGAGCACAUUUAGGCACUACAGAGUCCUGGGGAAAGGCGGGUUUGGAGAGGUUUGUGCCUGUCAAGUGCGAGCUACAGGAAAAAUGUACGCCUGUAAGAAGCUAGAGAAGAAAAGGAUAAAGAGGAGGAAGGGGGAGGCCAUGGCCCUAAACGAGAAGAGGAUCCUAGAGAAAGUGCACAGUAGGUUUGUAGUUAGUUUAUGUUACACAUACCAAACCAAAAAGUCCUUGUGCUUGGUGCUAACCAUUAUGAACGGAGGGGACCUGAAGUUUCACAUUUACAACCUGGGCGACCCCGGCUUCGAGGAGCAGAGAGCCAUCUUCUACGCGGCCGAGCUGUGCUGUGGCCUGGAGGAUUUGCAGCGGGAGCGCAUCGUAUACAGGGACUUAAAGCCCGAGAACAUUCUCCUCGAUGAUCACGGACACAUCCGGAUUUCAGAUCUUGGUUUGGCCUUGGAGGUCCCAGAAGGGGAGAAGAUCAAUGGAAGAGUUGGAACGCUGGGCUACAUGGCUCCAGAAGUUAUCAACUCUGAGAGCUACACAUUCAGUCCUGACUGGUGGGGGCUCGGCUGUCUGAUAUACGAGAUGAUUGAGGGACGUUCUCCGUUCAAAAAAUACAAAGAGAAGGUUAAGCGUGAGGAGGUGGAGCGGAGAGUGAAGCGAGAGGCGGAGCAGUACUCUGAGAAGUUCUCCGAGGACGCCAGGUCCAUCUGCAGCAUGUUACUCACCAAGGAUCCUAAGCGGCGCCUGGGCUGCAGGGGCGAAGGGGCGGCUGAAGUCAAGGGACACCCUGUGUUCAGGGACAUCAACUUCAGGCGACUGGAGGCCCACAUGUUAGACCCGCCUUUCCACCCUGAUCCGCAGGAGGUUUACUGCAAGGACAUCUUGGACAUUGAGCAGUUCUCUGCGGUGCGGGGCAUACACCUGGACAGCACCGACAGCGGCUUCUACAGCGAGUUCGUCACAGGCUGUGUCUCCAUCCCCUGGCAGAACGAGAUGAUCGAGUCUGAGUGUUUCAAGGACAUCAAUGAAAUGGAAAACGAGCCAGUUUUAGAGCCAGAUGAGAAGACGGACCAGCAAGUUCCCAGGCCUCAGAAGAGAGGCUUCUUCUACAGACUCUUCUCUAGAGGGGGCUGCUUCAGGGUGCGCUCCAGCGAGAAGAAGCUGGCGUCCUCCAGACGGUGA